AUGGCCGACACAGGGUCUAAUUCUUCAGGCUUCGUCUUUCCACCAAUGGCAUCAAUUCUCAGUUGGAGAACCCUGGUGCUGGUUUUCAUGUUGACAAAUCUCAAGUCCCUACAUUUCAUGUGGUUUGCACGGUUCCUUCGUACUUUCACUCGCCGCCUUACCGACACUGCUCCCGAGAAACAUAUUUCUCCUCGAUGCAUUUUCCUCCCUGCAAUCAGCGCCACGCGGUGUCCAGCAUUAGAAUGCGAUUACAAUCUCCACAAGUCAAACUCAACAUACUUCACAGACAUGGACAUGUCUCGUGGAAACUUUAGCCUCCUUCUCUUCGGAAGGGCUUUCAAUCCGAUACCAGGACCAACACAUUUCACUAUGAUUCUGGGCGGGACAACCUGUACAUGGCGCAAGGAGAUCAAACCAUACGCUCGAUACGAGCUGUGGACUCGGGUUCUUUCUUGGGAUGAGAAAUGGUUAUAUGUGGUGACUCAUUUCGUCAAGCCUGGUGUUUUCCACCCAACCGAGUUCGUGCUGCAACCUAAGAAAAGGUGCAAGACAGCCAUGGGACAUGAUAAAACAGAAGAUGAUAUGCUCAAAUCUGUUUAUGCAUCGUCUGUUGCUCGCUAUGUCUUCAAGAACAAUAGACGCACCAUACCACCAGAGGAGGCUCUCCGAAAAUGCAACCUGCUUCCUGAUGGUGAGACUAGCUUGGCGGAUAUUGAGAGCACUAGGGCGAGUAGUCUUGCGAUUGGAAGGCUCGAGGCAGGCUGGGAAGCUGUUCAUAAAUGCCUCCAGCCAACAGGACCUGCUUUGGGUUGCCCUGAUGGAAACAAGUGCUUUGAUAGCUACGCAACAGCUACCUCUCGAAGCAUAAAGCUGACGACUUUAGUGGAAUACAUCGACGAAACUGAUCGAGUGUCACAGGAUUAUGAGGACCCGGGACAAGAAGAAACAUCGCUGGCUGAAGACUUGACAUUCGUUCCUGAUACCACAGAACUGGAUCAACAUGCGUCUGCACUGGCGCACAUAUCACCGACCUCACAUGUAUCUCACAGCGUGGCGUCAUUACCGGGAAACUCCCCAGCGAGUACACAAAUGCCUCGACACCUCCGCUACAGCUCUGAGCUAGUUUGUUCCCCAGACUCACCGUAUUCCCGGCCUCCGAUGCAAUUCACAAUACGCGAGGCCGAGCUUGUCAAGAACUUUACUGAAAACAUGGCUUUAUGGGCUGACGCGACAGAUAUAAAUCGCCACUUCGAGUUGGAAGUUCCCCGCCGGUCGCUGUACUUCCCUGUGCUACGAUACGCAGUUUUUGCUUUCUCUUCGCGUCAUUUGAAUCGAGAUAAGGCAGAUACGUCAACUGAGGCACUGGAGUAUUACAAUUCUUGUCUGAGUGUUUUGAUAGAGGCUGUUGAUAAAGCUAGUGGACAUAUCGAUGAGGAAACUCUUGCUGCCAUUGCCAUACUGCGGCAGUACGAAGAGAUGGACGCGGAGGAUAUGGAGAUGCACUUGACAGGUACUUCCAGGAUCGUCAACUCAAUGUCAGAAUUUGACUUCAACGGCGGUCUCGGCGAGGCUGCAGCGUGGCUGUGUCUACGACAAGACAUCUACGUUUCACUGACAAGACUGCGUCCUCUAAGGUCAAACCUAGAGAACUACCUCCAGUCUGAUAUCUUUCGACGCACUGAUGAUGCAGCCUACGCAAACAAAAUGGUCUUCCUUCUUGCUCGGUCUCUGAGCUCCAUCUACCCAUCCGAUCCAUCCAUCUCUAACGAAAACCUGGAGAGCAUUAGACUGGAAGUUGACGGUUGGUUUGACUCCAAGCCGGCUGCUUUCAACCCAAUUCUAGAAAGUGCCAGAAACAAGGAUGAAGGGAAAUUGCUACCCAUUAUUUGGGUCCUCUCACCUUUUCACUCGGUGGGUUUACAAUACUACCACAUUGCCAAGAUCGUUCUUGCAAUGUCUUUACCUAUUGCUACAGAUUCAGUCUUCGAACAGAUUCGAGAGAGCAAGAAGGUUGAGCGAACGAUUCGAAACCAUUUACUUCAGAUCAUAGCGUUGGCAAGCUCUCAUGCAAAAGCCGAAAAUGCGCUCUUUACAGCUCGGCAUUCAUUAUCUGUUUGGGGCAGCGUUUUUACCGAAAGGUUGGAUCAGAAUAUGGUUCUCGAUUUUUUACGACAUAUACAGGAAAAGACUGGCUGGCAAACAGAUUCACUAAGUUUAUCAUUGCAGCAACAAUGGACGCAAGACUCGAAUGAGGACUGA